AUUUGAUAAAAUAAGAAAAAAAAAUCGAACGUCCUUUUAGGUUUUUAGCUGACCUUACCGUAUAAACGGUAGUUAAUAGUUGAAUGUGUUUGAGAAUGGGAGGAGUUGCUUUUGAGGUCAAUGGCAGAGUAACGUGCAAGUGACGACAUCACAGAGACACCCGGAAAACAGAUCAGAACAGCAAUGAUUGCCAUGAGGAGUUGCAGCGGUUUUCCCGACUUAAAGUCGGGAAGUAUCGUUGUUUGUCACUAUGCUAUGGGAUUAUCCUUUCUGGCUUUAAUACUUCUAGCGGGUCGUUUACACGAAGUUGACCGAGAAGUUAGUUUUCUGCAAUUAGUUUUAGGGAAUUGGCUACCAAACGAUACAAUUACAGCGUCGAAAACAAGAGGAACAGCUCAAACUGGACAAGGAAACAACGUCAAAAGCAAUACGAAUCAGCUGACAGCGUCUCAAAAGCAGCAUUUCAAUCACCUAAAGAACGAUAUCAAACAUUUUAUAAUGGAAUUAUCUUCAGCUAGAACAACAUUAGUUUUGAGUGUUGUAUUUGUAGUCAUAUACAUAUUUAGUUGGUGGUGGAUGGCAUUUGCUAUUAAACAGGUUCGAGAAGGGGGUAACGUUUCUUUAAGAACUGUGCUCUUACUAUCCGUUUUUGCUGCCGUAGAUAUUGCUGCCAAUAUAUAUAAAGAAGUAUUAUUUCUGCUCUAA